UGUCCCCCGCCUGCUGCCCGAAGACGGCUGGGAUAGGCUCCAGCACGCCACCCGCGACCCUGGUUGAGAUGAGCCUAAUUGUUAAAGCAAGUAUUUUCAAUCCCAAUGUUCUCCAUCGCCACUAAAGAAUCCCGAGUUGCGUCAGAUUCUGUGGCAACCCUUGAGCACAACUUUACGCCAAGCCCAAUGACUCACUGAUUCACACAAGCCUGUGUGCCUGUCCGCAUUGUCCCUUCGCCACGCCCCCUCCUCGGACUCGGGAGCUAGAAUUGUUUGUCGCGGAAGGUCGUAAUCUGGGGGUAGUGUUGAAACUGGAUUUCUUUCCCACUUUGUCUCUCCUACUUGCAUACAAACAAAUACGUUUUACGUAUUCCUACGCACACUGGAUAUCUUUUAGAAGUCUGACUGACAUCCCAGACAAGUUUCGUCCUGCCCUGUAAGACCAAUUUCAAAUGUACCACCCUCAGGCUAUUUUUUUUCCACAGCUGCUUUCUUGUAACAUCACUUUUUUUUUAAUUUAUGAAAGGGUAAUAUUUUUCGCUUUAUUUUUUAUUUUGGGAGGCAAACAGUUCACAAGUGCUUUAUGAGUACUCAUUCCUGACUCCAGGGACCAUAUCAGUUUUCGCCAAAUGUAUUCAUGAAAUGUUUUAGGGAUUCUGAAAACAGUCUUUGAGUUUUGCCAGAUGACGGCUUUAAAUCUCCUCGUUGUCCAUAUAUGGUCUACAGGUUGUAGCUUUUUCAUCAGUGCUCUUGUGCCAAGAGUCCUGCUUUCAAGCAAAGAGGAAAGUGGCAUCUUGAUAUACAAUAUUAGGGUUCCGUUCUGUUUUGGACAUUUGAAGUGGUUACAAACUGCCCCAAAAUGAACUUGUUUGUGCAGCGCAAGAAACUCAGUGACUGUAAUUUUUUUUCAUUGGCUUGUUUGAUAUUUAUGACCUAGAUGUGUUUUUAAACAAGUAUUUACUGUCAUUAUGACAUUUUGAGGUUACAGUGGUGAGCAAUAAAAUAGCGAAUGUUUUUCAUGUCACUGUUUUCAAUACAACCAUGAUGCCAAAUUCGACUUGCAAAGGACCUCUUGAGCAACCUGCAUUUAAUAUUCAGCAUCUCUGGUAUGUAUGACACACUUUAUUGUUUUGCCAUGUUAUUAGAUUUAUAUUAUUUCUGAACUGCUCCAGAUGAUGUAUGUGUCACACUUGCGUGCUUUUAUAUUUAUGAAUGUUGAUAUUGUUACUAGAAUUGCGACAUAAUGAUUGUGGUGGUAUUCCCCGGUGGAUUAAGAUGGGUAAAUGGCCGCUAAAGGCCUCAGUACCAAAUGCAUGGCCGCCCAUUGAUCUCUAUGAUUACUGUAAUUGCAUUCUUGCUAGUAUUACCACUUCUAGGAAAUCAUGGGAUCUUUGUUAUUGUUAUUGUAUGAGUAGUAUAUUCAAAAUGAUAAUCCAUCCCCGGUGGAGUAGUGGUACAGUCGCCUGACUUGUAUGCGGGCAGCGUUCGAUCGAUUCCCACUUAGUGACCGCGCGUGGAUGUGGGUGUGAAUGGUUGUUUGUCUCUAUAUGUGCCCUGCGACUGACUGGCGACCAGUUCAGGGUGUAGUCUGCCUUCCGCCCGAAUAGGCUCCAGCAACUCCCCACGACCCUAUUCGGGAUAAACGGUGUUCAAAAUGGAUGGGUAAAUCUCCCUGGCCCCCACUGGCACAAACCAAAACAGUACAACAUGUGCGAUGUCCUCCGUCACGUGUAGCGGAGAACCCCCAACAAAAUAGAGGAUUAGAAGGAGGGGUUGACAAGAUUGACAGCUCUUUCCGGCCAAUCCGCAGCGGUGUUCUGCGUGGCAACAGAGCUGAUUUCCCGCGCUUGGUCCAAUCGGAGAAGAGAAAGGCGGAGCUACGCACGAUCCCUUCGCUGUUGUUUACUUCCGUCAAUAUUUCCUGCAGCUGAGCGAGAAGAACAGCGACGGGGAAAAAAAGACAGAGAAAGCAAUUGUCAUUCUUCGUCAAGCCCUUUCUCCAUCUAGGAUGCCUUUCUUGGGCAAAGACUGGAGGUCGCCAGGAUGGAGGUGGACCAAGACGGAACACGGCUGGAAGAGGAUCAUCUUCUAUGGACAUGACAUGGACGACAUCCACAGAGAAAUCGAAUUCACCUGUGACGACAAAGAAAAUCUGUUCGUGGAAAACAUUUGUGAACUUGCCCGUGUGAAAAUGAGAAAGGACUUCUACAACCACAAUACCAAAUCUCAGUUUGUUUUCAGGGAUAAAUGGAUCUACGUGCAGAAAGGCAGCACGAAGGAGCGUCAUGGAUAUUGCACUCUGGGCGAAGCGUUGAACCGCCUCGACUUUUCCAGCGCCAUCCAUGACUUGAGGAGAUUCAACUACGUGGCAAAACUUUUCCAGCUAAUAGCCAGAUCCCAGCUGACGUCCUUGAGCGGAGCGGCCCAGAAAAAUUAUUUCAACAUUCUAGAGAAGAUUGUGCGAAAGGUGGUAGAGGACCACUACAAUCCACGGCUGGUCAAGGAGCUCCUGCAGGAUCUGAGCGCGACGCUUCACAGUCUGACCCUACACGUGGGUCGAUGCGUGCUUGUGGGCAACGUCAACGUCUGGCUAUGUCGACUGGAGAAUAUUCUCAAGUGGCAGCAGCAGCUCAACGACCUGCAGAUCCCCAAGCAAAUGUGCUCCGGCAUGUCGUUCAGCGACCUGCCGCUCUACAUGCAGAACAAGAUCCUUUACAACCUCUCUGACGCCUGUGACAUCAUCAACCUGGGACAGGCCACGCCCACGCUGCACGUCCUCAGCGAGAACCGGACACUGUGGAAGCGGCUGUGCCAUUUCCACUUCUCUGAUAAGCAGCACUCCUCCAGGAAUUUGGUCCUCCCCAAGAGCGACAGCGUUGACUGGAAGCUGAUGUAUUUCACUCUGCAGAAGCGUUACCCCAUGAAGGAGCAGUAUGGCGACACGUUGCACUUCUGCAAGCACUGUAGCAUCCUCUUCUGGAAGGAUCGCCACCUGGCCUUGUUGUUCAAGGACUGCGGCCACCCGUGCACCGCCAAUGACCCGGAACGCUGCCUUGUGCCCAUCUCUCCGCAACACUUCAUCGACCUCUUCCAGUUCUAGAUGCUUCCUUUCCUUCCAUAAUGUCCAAACCUAACUCAAAAUCAUACCACUUUGGAGAUGUCAUAUGAAACUAUGUGCACGGUGAGAUUUGAUUCGUCCAGCCUCUGUGGAGGUGAUUGGGUUCGCCUCCAUUGAUUCAUAACAGAAGAGAAUUUCUAGUGACCUCUACUGCUCACAGUUGACCUUUAUUUUUCACUUGGUCACAAGAGAUACAAUAAAACUACAACUUAGAUGAGUUUUCAUGGCUAAAUGAGUGAAGAAGAUGUCCCCCCCCCCCACAACCCCCUCCCCAGGAAAAAAAAAAAAAA